CAGAGUGCAUCUACUCCUGGUCGGAGUGCUUGAUUCUGCAGCGCGCAGUGCUCAGUGCUCAGUGACAGAACUGUAGCCAUGGCUAGUCUGGAAGAGUUUCGUAACUACCGCUCACCAUUGAAGGAUUUCUACGAGGGUAAAACGGUGCUGCUGACCGGUGGCAGUGGCUUCAUUGGCAAGCUAUUGCUCGAGAAGCUGGUGAAGUGCAACGUGGCGCAGAUACUGUUGAUUGUACGGCGCAAAAAGGGCAUCGAGCCUACGGAUCGUCUCGAGCAGCUGCUGGGCAAGGAGCCGGUGUUCGUGAACUAUGUCAAGCAUCCCGAGCUGUACCUGCCCAGGAUUAAGGUCAUCGAGGGUGACAUCAGUAAACCGGGACUAGCGAUCAGUAACGAUGAUCUGGAGUAUAUCUACAGCCAUACCAACAUUAUAUUACAUGCUGCUGCGGAUGUACGCUUCGAUGAGCCGCUUAGAAGUUUGAUUCAUAGUAACGUACGCGGUACAAGAGAUCUGAUGACGAUCGCCUUGCAGUGUAGGAAUCUCCGGAUAUUCUUGUACAUCUCGACGGCCUUUUCCCAUUGUGUGCGCGAAGAGAUUGGAGAACAAUUCUACGAACCAAAGCUAGACCCUUCGUUACUGAUUACGAUCGCUGAGAGGGAGUCAGAUGCUGACGCCUUGGAGGUGCUAUCAGGAAAGCUUUUCGAACCGUGGCCCAACGCGUACGCAUUUACAAAGUCCCUGUCGGAGGAGCUUGUCCGACGGUACCGCUCUAAGCUCCCUGUGGCGAUCAUACGACCGUCGAUCAUUACCACGACGAAAGAGGAUCCACUCGCCGGUUGGACCGACAACCUUUACGGCUUCAAUGGGGUCGUGUGUGGGGCAGCCACCGGAGUGCUCCGUAUAUUUCACAUCCGCAUGGACUACAAGGCUAGCAUCGUGCCCGCGGACACGGUAACGAACUCGACACUGGCCACGGCCUGGUAUGCCGCCGAUCAUCCGCAGGAGGAGAACAUCUUCAACUGUACCACCGACGAGAACCCGGUCAGCUGGAACGACACCCAGCAUCAGCUCGAGAAGUGGAAGGACCGGAUCGUCUUUGACAAAUCGCUCUGGAUUUCGACGUACAACACGACCCGCUACCAACUGGUUGCCGAUUUUCUGGCCAUCUUUUACCAUCUUUUGCCAGCGCUCCUGUUCGAUCUGGUGCUGCGGCUACGCGGUCAGAAGCCUCAGGUACUGCGGAUCUACCAAAAGGUCCAUCGCUUCUCGGCCGUGCUACGCUUCUUCACCAACAACGAGUGGCGAUUCCGGUGCGAUCGGAUGCGAACCGUCCUCAAUGCGCUGUCGGCUGACGAUCAGCGGUACUUUCCCUGCGAUCCCAAGGCAAUCUCGUGGAGCGAGUUCCUUGACGAUCAGAUCAAGGGUUUGCGCGUGUACCUGAUGCGCGAUCCGAUGGAAUCGCUCAAAUGGACCAUUCCCCGGCAUCGAAAACGGCAGCUCGCCCACCGCUGCCUACUGGUGCUGAUCUACGGUGGACUGUUCUAUCUAGCACUGUACGUGGCCGAUGCACUAGGACUGGAAAAACUGUUUCAAAUACCAAAGGACGAUAGUACCGGGAUGUAGCCUGCGGUGAGCCUGCGGAUAUGAUCACUGUUUGAACGGCUUGAAUCUCCUUUCGCCUAGUGCCGGGGGGGUUCCAAAGGCUUAAUUUAAUAGGAUAUUAAAGUGUGUGCUUCGA